AUGUGCUUCCAAUUGUUGAGGUUUCUUGAUUAUCGUCGUGUGACUAAGCACGAGCGCGACCUCGGACGUACAUUAUUUAGGCAUCUGCCUGCGAUUAGCGCCAUUAGCCCAUAUUUGAACGCUCCGAUCUCAAUUAAAGCUCCCGUUCCUGUGCCCAGGGCGCCUGUUCGUGAGGAGUCUGUGGUCAAGACGUUUGUUCCUGGGGCUCCUCUAGCAUCCAGCAACCAAAUGCUGCCUCCUCCUAUUCCUGCUGCAUUUCUUGUCCCUGUUAAGCCAAACACUGUCCAAACAGUAUCCAUACAAGAUACUGGCGACAAAGAAAACCAAGUGGCUGAGACAGAUAUGGAUCGGGCUCAGGAGACUUCU